AUGGGUUUGAUCUUCAGCUACAUCUGGAGGACUGAUGAAGAGGAGCAGGAUGCUGAAGAGGAAGAGGAGGAGGAUGGUCCAUGGAGCCUGCAGGAGCUUCAGCAGAAAUGUCGUCAGACACCAGAAGGGCUGAUGGAACUGAACCUUCAAAACUGUGGCCUUACAUCAGUCCCCUCCUCAGUUUUCAGACUGGAGGAGGUCCAAAUCCUGAACAUAUCCUGGAACAAGUUAACCCACCUAAGUGCAGGUAUAGGUGCUCUAAGGCAGCUACAAGUCCUACAUGUAGAACACAACCAGCUGAGCUCGUUGCCAGCAGAACUCGCCGACUGCGCAAACCUCGCGGAGCUGCAUGCCGGGUGGAACAGCCUGUCCUGUCUGCCUGCCCGGUACAGGAGAAUGACUAACCUGAAGGUUCUCAGCCUCUACAGCAACGACUUCAAGUCCCUUCCCGACUCAGUGCCUCUCAUGACAAGCCUGGAAUAUGCAGACUUUGAACACAACAGUCUUAAAGGCCUGCCCAUGUCACUGUCGAAAAGCAAGGUCAAGGUGCUUAAACUUGGCAUGAACCAGUUUCAGCACGUUCCCCUUGUACUUGUGUCGAUGCCUUCAUUAGAAAUUCUCGACAUAUGUUAG